AAAAAAAGACCCCUUAGAAUUUUUUUUUUUUUUUAACGGAUUAGAUUUUAGAUGAAAUCACUGAUUGAACAGAUGUGGAUUAGCGCGGUAUAAUUCUCAAAAAAGUGAACCAUUUUAUCAUAAUAGUUUAUCAGUUAUUAAAGUUAGCUUUGUUAAUUUUUUUACACUUUGACUAUCAUUUUUUUAACUUAAACACUUUUUGACUAAAAAACAACUAAAAACGGUAUCUUGUGCGAAUAUUUUUUGGAUGUUACCCGCACCUGAAAUCGAUUACAUGUGCACAAGUCCCGCACUUGACCGACCUGCAUUUUCCCUUUUUUGUAGUAUAGGAAUAAUAUGUUAUAGAACACAAGGGCAUUUCUUUUUAAUAUUGUACUUGCCUACAAGGGUCUCAUUUAUCAUACCGAUUUGUUAUCUGUUUAAUACCGUUUUUGGAAACCGGUUUGUGUUUCCGUAUACCUAAUUGUUGAUAUUUCCAUCUGUCUCUCUAGAAAUUAAAUGAACAUAAACAAUUAUAAACACUAGUCAAUCAUUGAACCACCACAACAUUUUGUCGAUACUUUCUAUUUUAA